AUUUGUUCAUCAUCUUUCUCCAGAGUUGGACCCAAAGUACAAAACCUGUCUCCCCGCCACUUCCUCCCUUUACAGCUUUGACUGUCAAUCGAAAUCAAAAAAUCCAAUCGCAAUGGGAGAGAUAGAAAGCGGCACCAUAUCGGGCGUCUUACCGAGCAUGGAGGCUUUCGUUGUCCACUAUCCGGGCUACCCUUCUUCCACCACACGCGCCGUCGAGACGCUUGGAGGCAUCGAAGGAAUCGUCAAGGCUCAUAGUUCGCAUUCGAACAAGUUGGAGCUUCGAUUCCGGCCCGACGACCCAUACUCACACCCGGCUUUCGGGGAGCUCCGUCCUUGCAAUGAUUUGCUACUAAAGAUAUCGAAGAAAAUGUCCAGUGGUGAUGAUGGCCACAUUUGCGCAGAUAUUGUUGCACGCGUCUCGGAGGGUUAUCACUUUGAAGGAAUGGCAGACUACCAGCACGUUGUGGCUGUUCAUGCUGAUGCUGCCAAACAAAGGAAAAAAGGAAAGAGACAAUGGGGUGAAAUUGAGGACCCACAUUUCGAGAAGGGAGGAUUGAUGGACGUGGAUCAAGAGGAUGUGAUGAUUUUGUUGCCACCGCUUUUUUCACCCAAGGAUGUGCCGGAGAAUUUAGUGUUAAGACCACCACCCACAUUGAAUUCAAAAACGAAACAAGAUGAAGUUGCACAGCAGGAAUUGAAGGUGGAUGUGGAGCCAGUUCUUGCAAUUGAUUUUAACAUUAAAGAGAUUCCUAAGAGAGUAAAUUGGGAGGAAUAUGUACCCCAAGGCUCAGAUCAGUGGGAGUGGCAGAUGGUUGUAUCAAAGCUGUUUGAUGAGCGGCCUAUAUGGCCCAAGGAAUCACUGACUGAACGUUUGCUUGAUAAGGGCUUAAGUUUUACUGUUGAGAUGCUUAGAAGGCUUCUGUCAAGGAUUGCAUACUACUUUUCAAGUGGACCAUUUCUCAGAUUCUGGAUCAGAAAAGGAUAUGAUCCUCGCAAGGAUCAUGAUUCUUGCAUAUAUCAGAGAAUUGAUUUCCGAGUACCACAACCGUUACGGAGUUAUUGUGAUGCUAAUGCAGCCAAAGGGUUGAAGCAUAGAUGGGAGGACAUUUGUGCAUUCCGAGUUUUCCCUUGCAAGUUCCAGACGUCAUUACAGUUUUUUGAACUUGUUGAUGAUUACAUUCAGCAAGAGAUAAAGAAACCUGUGACACAGACAACUUGCACGUUUGGAGCUGGAUGGUUCUCAGACCACAUGCUUAAUUGCUUAAGGCAACGUCUUAUGGUGAGGUUCCUAUCAAUCUUCCCCAAACCUGGUGCAGAAAAUUUACUUAGAGCUGCUUCGGAGAGGUUUGAAAAGUUAAAGAAGGGACGCAACAAAGGUGCCUUAAAGCCUGGUGAAGAGAGCCCACUAGCCAAUGCAGAAACUACAAGGGAUGAAGAUAAUGAGGUGCCCAAUAAUGUUGAAGAUGAUGAGGAAGAUGAAGUUGACAAUGCUGAAGAGGAAUUGGAUGCAUAUGAGGCACUUGAUCUGGCUGAAGAGGACGGUGAAAUAUCUCUGCAGACAAAAUCAUAUCUAAACAUGGAAAACAUCUCGAGAACCCAUUUGCAGGAGCUCUUUGAUAGUUUUCCAUCCACUGAAGCAGGUGCUGAUGAUAUACGUGAUGCAAAUACAAGUGAUGAAGAAUAUCAAAUAUAUGAGCCAGAUAGCGAUGGCAACUACUCUGAUGAUGAUGACCGCUAAGGGAAAAAAUGUCAGUUGCUAUCAAUCUGAUCAUAGCAAGGCCAAGGGGCAGCUAGAUGAUCUUCAUGCUUUGAAACAGGAUAAUUUACUGCUUCAGCUUUUCAAUCAUUGUGUGCUGAUUGAGAAAUUUGGGGAUCAUAUAUUACGUAGGUGCAGAUUGUUGCAGCCAUAAAUAUACAUGGACCUUUUGGCAGGCAACAAUUUGACUAAAUAUUCUGUAGAGAAAAUGAACUUAAAUGUUUUUUUUUUAUAGAUGAAUAUAAAUGCAUUUUGUAGUUUGGCUUCUAAUAAAGAGGACAAUCACUUUGUAAUCCCAAUCUAUGGGAUCCAUUGUACAAAAAAGAGCAUGGUGGAUAUUUUUCAAUUUCUUUGAAUGAUAAAGCACGCAUGCCAAUCUAUAUUGGUAUAUGAUAUUUUUUUUUACUCCCAUAUAUAAAUGUUCUUCGCUUGCGGACUU